AUGGCUACCUCAUCGCGAAGUAAAAAUCCCUUAUGGAAUUAUUAUAAAGUGAGUGAUGAAGAUGUUGGCAAAGCCAUCUGCAUACUUUGCAAGAAGAUUUUGUCUAGAGGAAAUAGAACAAGCUCUGCUGAAUCAGUGCAAAUCAUUACCAGCACUGCCACAGAUGAAACGCAGGGAAGCUCGCGUGUGACUAAUAACACAAUUGCCUUUUUUCAAAAAGCAUCGACACAGGUCUCACUGCGGGAGAUUUUGCAAAGAAAAGAAUUGUGGCAACUUGAUAAUCCUAAGGCUCAAGCUAUUACCAAGCUUAUUGGAGAAAUGAUAUGUUUAGACUUGCAGCCAUACUGUAUUGUUGAAGAUAAAGGUUUUACCCGACUUUUAAAGAAUUUAGCUCCAAACUAUACAAUACCUAGUCGAAAGUAUUUCUCCACAAAAGUCAUUCCACUGAUGUAUGAAACCAUAAAAGCCAAAGUAAAAUAUGAGCUUGAUCAAGCAGAUUUCUUAAGUUUAACUAGUGAUGGUUGGACCUGUCAGCACACAAUUCAAUCGUAUUACAGUUUAACAGCUAGAUUUGUAACGCAUGAGUUUACAGUUAAACAUGUCAUCUUACAAGUUACACACUUCCCUGAGUCGCACACAGGGCACAAUAUAAGUAAAUUCAUAAAUGAAGCGCUACAAUCAUGGGAAAUUCCCCAUGAAAAAAUUCAUGCAGUUUUAACUGAUAAUGCAGCCAAUGUAAUGGCUGCCAUUAAAGAGUCAAAUUUAGGCGAUAAACAUCUUCCAUGUCUGAUACAUACUUUACAACUUUGUAUUCAGAAAAAGAUUUUUAGAGAACAAAGAACAGCAAGUGAUACAAUAGCUGUUUUUCGAGCAUUAGCAGGACAUUUCCAUCACUCAUCUAGUGCUGUGGCUAAACUAAAGGAAAUUCAAAGGCAACUAAAAUUGCCAGAGCAUAACAUAAUUCAAGAUGUUUCCACAAGAUGGAAUUCGACAUACUAUAUGCUUGAAAGCUUCAUUGAGCAGAAAAAAGCUAUUACAUUGUAUUGCAUUACCAGAAAUCAAACAAAUGCAAAAAAUCCUACGGAAAAUCAAUGGCAACUUGCUGAAAUGCUUGUAUGCAUAUUAAAACACUUCGAAAAUACUACAAAAGACAUGAGUAAAGAAACGGCAUGUAUAUCAGAGAUUAUACCAUUUAUCUAUGCAAUGGAAAAGUUUCUAGACUACGUUUGUGACACGGCAACUGAAAUAAAAACUGUUGUUGAUGAACUUAAGAAAGAUUUUAACUGUCGUUUUCAAAAAUACAAGGAUAAUAGUUCUACCGUUUUUGUUCCAAAUCUCAUUUAG